AUGACGAUACCUGUAAAAGAUGGUAGCUUACUGCGUGGUCCUACCACUUCGCACUCCUCACCACCGACUCGAGCCCCCUCAUCCUACAAAUCUCUCUCUACAUUUGCACUUUCCAAAGCAAAACACUACCAGCAACAGUAUGGUGAUAUGUACUUUCUACGAUUGACGUCUCUAAAGAAGCCCGUUGAAGAAAUUGCCAGCGCUGCUUGGGAUGGGUUUCAAAUCUCUGGAGAGACGGUGCGGAAAGUGGAGAGAGUAUUGGAUGUUAGACAGGGAGAAUUAUCUUGGGUGGCAGGUACAAUUUAUAUGCAUAUGCCACUUAAGCCGAAUAUCUUGGAAGAUAUAAGUAAAGAUCAUUGGAUAUCGGCACCACCACCUCGAAGAAAAUACCUGUCAGGCAACGGCGAAGAUGAAAUAAUGCUCGAGGACGAAUCUGGACGAUUACGAUUAAUUUUAGGACAAGUAAAUACAGAAAUGCUAGUUACAGGCUGUAUAGUAGCAGUAAUGGGCACAGAAAAUGCAAAUGGAGAUUUCGAAGUGGUGGACAUCAAGGUACCUGAUUUACCGCCACAAGAUCCUAGGUGGGAAAUAUCAGGACAGAAAGAAGAAGAAGAGGAUAUGGAUAUGGAUACUUCAAAAGCAGGACGCAAAAAAAUCGCACUCGUAUCCGGUCUCUCCUUCUCAGGGACCAGCGCCGAAAAUUCUCUCGAAAAGACCCUCUUGACGGAAUACCUCUUAGGCGAAAGUCUAGAUCCCUCCUCACAAACUAACGUCUCAAAAAUAAGUCGUCUCAUAAUAGCCGGCAACAGCAUCGCCUCGGAUCUCGACAGCAUAGCCCACGACACCGUCGGCAAUACACGGAAAGCACAAAAGAAAUAUGGCUAUGAUGCCAGCGCCUAUAACCCCGCUCCUACCGCGCAUUUUGAUAAUUUCCUCGCCGAGCUAUUACCAAGUUUACCCAUUACAUUAUUGCCUGGAGCCAGCGAUCCGGCAAAUGCAAGUCUGCCGCAACAGCCUAUUCAUCCAGCCAUGUUUCCCCAAGCGAGGACGUAUUGUGGGAGUGCGCCGAGUGUUAUUGGAGAGGAGAGGGAGGCGGGAUGGUUUGAUACGGUGACGAAUCCAUGGGAGGGAGAGAUUGAAGGGUGGAGGGUUUUGGGGACCGGUGGACAAAAUGUGGACGAUGUGUUUAAAUAUGUCGAGGGCGAGGAUCGCUUGAGGAUGAUGGAGGCAAUGUGUAGGUGGAGGUGUUGUGCUCCUACUGCACCUGAUACUCUGUGGUCCUACCCAUUUCAAGACGCCGACCCCUUUAUAAUCCGCACAUGUCCCCACAUAUUUUUCGCUGGCAACCAGCCUUCUUUCGAUUCAGCAAGCAUUGAGGGGCCAGAUGGCCAAACCGUUAGAUUAAUAUCAAUACCGAGUUUUGAAGAGACGGGCGAGAUUGUGCUGUUAGAUGCCGAGACGUUGGAAGCGGAGGUGGUGAGGAUUACUGUGGAGUGA